AUGGACAAUGUAACAUUUCCCCAAUACCUUUAUUUCACAAUAUUUGGUAAGGGCAAUGAAAAUGUAAAAGCAUUGUAUUUCCUAAUAACAAUAUUAGCAUACGUUCUGAUCAUAUUUCUUAAUGUAAGUAUCCUGAUGGCUGUAUUGAUGGACAGAUCUCUUCACGAGCAGCCCAUGUAUCUGUUGAUGUGCUGCCUGUUGUUCAACUCUCUGUACGGCAGCUCUGCACUGCUACCGAGACUUUCUGCUGAUCUUUUGUCAAAUACUCACGCUAUAUCACGCACUGCCUGUUCCACACAAAUAUUUGUCAUUUGCACCUAUGCAAUAUGCGAAUACAAUAUUUUAACUGUUAUGGCAUAUGACAGAUAUGUGGCCAUAUGUGACCCUUUGCGAUAUCAUGACAUCAUGACACAGAGAAAGAUACUUUUGCUUAUUUUCUGUGCUGUUUCCUAUGCAGUAUUUUUUAUUGUUAUCGGAGUCUACUUAUCUGGCAGGCUACCUCUGUGUGGCAAUAAGAUACCAGGGUUGUACUGUUCAAACUGGUCAAUGGUAAGACUUUCCUGUGUUUCAACGGUAAUCAACAAUAUUUUCGGGUUUUUUCUUACGGUGACUACCGUCUUUCUGCCUCCAGGUUUCAUAUUGUUCACGUACAUCAGGAUUCUCAUUGUCUGUAGAAAAAGCACAGCAGAGUUUAGAGGUAAAGCCCUGCAAACAUGUCUACCGCACAUUGUAGGUUUUGUUAUGUUUUCAAUAGCUCUAUUUUCUGAUAUAGCACUCAGUCGGUAUGAGCCUGGGCAAAUUUCAACAGUAGUCGUUUUGAUAUUUUCUCUUGAAUACAUUGUGAUUCCGCCUUUACUAAAUCCACUGUUGUACGGCCUAAACCUGCCAGAUAUCCGGAGGAGAAUGCUGUCUGUAAUGAUUUCUUUAAAAGGUUGUCAUAGGAUCUCGUCAAAAUGA